AUGGGAUCCCGUCUGCGAACCGAAGAUGGAAAAGUCGGAUUCUUUCUCAAAGUGUUCAAUGAGCCACAUGGAUCAAGCCCUCGGACUCUGAUCGAGGAACGACACCUUACUGAUGCCAAUAUAUGGUUCAUCGACUUUGCCAACCCAAAGGUUAACAAGACUUGGUAUGCAGAUAUUGAAGGUAUCUUCACUCCAGAUGAGUCAGCGGAUUAUGAUUUCGGCCUAUCUGUGCAUGGCACAGGGCAACUGUUCAUUAACGAGCAGUUGGUGGUGUCGAACAUGGAGAUUCAGAAACCAGGCUCUGCAUUUUUGGGAUCCGGCACUGUCGAAGAAAAGAGUACUAUCCAUCUCGAGCAAGGUCAUCGGUACAAACUGCCUGUACAAUGGGGUAAUGCCGAAACCUCGCAGCUAAUACAGACUGGACUUGUUGACUUUGGCCAAGGUCGCGUACGCAUAGGUUCUGCAGUCAGCUUAUCUCGACUGCAAGCAAUCGCUGAUGUCACCAAACUUGCAGCCGAGCCAAAUUUCAUUGAAGUCCGUUGA